AUGCCAUUACGGGUAUCUGUAGUUAGACAGAAGCUACACGCGUCGUAUGAAAAAUGUUCUCUCAUAUCUCUUUACUCCUUUGACCCUUCCUUUCCUUUUCCUUCCACCCCCUCCUUUUCCUCCCUUCCCUCCCUUUCCACCCUUUUCCUUCCUUCCAUUUCUCCCUUUUCCUUCCUUCCCUCACAUCCCUCCCUUUUCCUUCCUCCGAUUUCUCCAUUUUUCUCCCUUCCUUCCCUUUCCACCUUUUCCUUCCUCCGAUUUCUCCCUUUUUCUCCCUUCCCUCCCUUUCCACCCUUUUCCUUCCUCCGAUUUCUCCCUUUUCCUUCCUUCCUUCCCUUCCUAUGCCAUCCCGCCUUACUUUCCUACGUUUUCCUUCCUUUCCUCCCAUUUCCUUCCUGCCUUCCCUCUCUUUUCCUUCUUUCCUUCCCUCCCUUUUUUCCUUCCCUCCUUUUUUCUUUUUUCUUUCCUCCCUUUUCUUUCCUUCCCUUCCUUUUCCUUCUUUCCUUUAUUCCCUUUUUUCUUCUUUCCCUCCUUUUCCUCCUUUUUCCUUCAUUCCUUUCCUCCUCUUUUCUUCCUUUCCUUUUCCUUUCCUCCUUUUUCCUUCCUUCCCCUCCCUUUUUCCCUCCUUUUUUUUUUCCCUCCUUUUUCCUUCCUUCCUUUUUUUCCUUCUUUUUUUUUUUGCUUUCCCCUUUUUCUCUUUUUUUUCUUUCCUCCAUUUUUCUUCCUUCCCUAGCUUUUCCUUCUUUCCUUCCCUCCUUUUUUCCUUCCCUCCUUUUUUUCCUUCCCUCCUUUUUUCUUUUUUCUUUCCUCCAUUUUUCUUCCUUCUCUCGCUUUUCGUUCUUUCCUUUCCUCCCUUUUUCUUCUUUCCCUCCCUUUCCUCCUUUAUCCUUCAUUCCUUUCCUCCUCUUUUCUUCCUUUCCUUUUCCUUUUUAUUUUCCUCCCUCUUCCUUCCUUUUCAUUUCUUUUUUUUAA